UGUUGCAAAAAAUGAGAAUCUGAAUAAAAAAUUUCGCAAUCAACUAAAAAAAACAUAGCAAAUUCUAAAAAUUCAACGCCAUUCUUGUCGUGCGAACAGUAAUCAACUCACUAAUUCGCACUUGCAUAUUUGGGAUCUAGGACCAGCGUCCAAGAAUUCAGUCUUUGCCGAAACUUGGACCUGCUCACAGCUCAAAUUGCGUACUCAGUUCAAUCAGAGUAACACACGUAAUAAAAUGAAUUCUCUCGAGUGGUGCCUGCUACUGGUGCCUACUGUGAUCUAUCUGUUCUAUCGAUGGAGCAUCGCCACCUUCGAUUACUUCGAGAAGCGUAGAGUUCCGUUCGUGAAACCGGUUCCGCUGCUCCGCGGAACGUGGAACUUCUUCUCCGGCAAGAUGCACAUGGUCGAUUCCAGGUCGGGGGACUAUGAAAUGUUUCCGGAGAGUCGGUUCAGUGGAUUCUUCGCUUUACGGUGAAUUUCCAGGAUUACGAUUCCAUAACAAUGGUUAUGUAAUAUUAAUAUAAUUUUCAUAAUUACAUCAAGUUUCAGGCAGUGUUUUUAGAAGUCAUAAACUGUCCCAAUUUGACUGAAAAAACGAAUUCAAAAAUCAACACUUUGUUAGGGUUCAAUUCAUUGUUCUAUGCAUCAAUAAAAAAAUGUUACACUAUUUAAAAAUUGUUUUUUUACAAAAGGUUCUCAAACACGACAAAAAAGUCAUUCAU